AUGAUGAUGCAGGCUCUUCGUGUUCGCACCCCGCUUGUCCGCUCGACUGCGCGUAUGAUGACUGUGCGUAUGUACAGCCCCGGCCCGGAGGGCUCGGCUGGCUCGGUUGCCUCGAGCAAGGGCUGGAACCGCCGCGAGAAGGCCCAGGAGGACCAGUACAUCCUCGAGCACGAGAAGGAGAAGCUCGCUAAGCUCCGCGAGUCCGUGAAGCACCAGGAGAACCUGGUCGAGAACCUGACCAAGGAGGAGGGCAAGACCAAGUAA